GGCGAAGUGCCCCUGCCCGAGUGGAAUAAAUUGGUACAGACCAUUAGCAGCGCAGGUCCUCCUCUGGCGGGGGGGGAGGGAAGGGGCUGUCGGCACCGCUCUGGAUACAAAGCAGCCAGCCACGCUCUGGCUUCUUCCUCCCGCACCCCCUUGGCCUCCUCCUCCUCCUCCCUGUUUGCACACUCCCUCCCUCUUUCACUCUCUUUCUUUCCCUCAACGCCACGCUGCAGAGAGGCAGACCUGGGGAUCCGGAGGUCCGCGGAGGCAGCGGAGGAGGAAGGAGCUCUCCAACGCUGUUCCUUGGCGAGCGGAGCAAGGAGGCAGCGGCAGCGCAGGAGGGUCUUGGUCUGCUGUCGGGAUUGAGAAGGAAUACACGGAAAAGAAAAGAGAAGGGGGACAAAAAAAGGAAACCGGGACCCAACAGACGAGGGGGGGAAAAAAGGGAGGAGAGAAGGAGGAGGAGGAGGAGGAGGAGGAGGAGGUUGCUGCGGGGAGCUCACGCCGGUGGGUGAAGAGCGGCUGUGAAUCGUGCCUCUGUUCCCAGGGAUUAGAGCAUGAAUGGGAGCAGCUUCCCGGCCGCGAUGGAGAGCGAGGGCGGCUCAGGCUCUGGGAACAAGGUUUCCUUCCAAACGAGUCCCUGAGGCUCCUGCUGGCAGCCCCAGCAGUGUCCUGUAGAAGUGCCCUCCUGCUCCUGGUCUCAGCAGCCGAGGCCCCUGCAAACCUGCUUCUGCAAUGGGUGGGUUGUAAGCCCUGGUAAUGAGGAGCUGUGGGUCCAGUCAGUCUUGGAGAUGCCGAAGAGACGAGACAUCCUGGCUAUCGUGCUGAUAGUUCUGCCCUGGACGCUGCUAAUCACCGUCUGGCACCAGAGCACCAUUGCUCCGCUGCUUGCAGUGCACAAGGAUGAUGGUGGUGACUCCCGGCGUGAUCUCGCUGCAGGCUUGGACUCCAAGGAGUACUGCUUGUCGGAGAGGGACAUUGUGGAGGUGGUGAGGACAGAGUACGUUUACACCCGGCCGCCGCCCUGGUCGGACACCCUGCCCACCAUCCACGUGGUGACCCCCACCUACAGCCGGCCGGUGCAGAAGGCGGAGCUGACCCGGCUGGCCAACACCCUGCUGCAUGUGCCCAACCUGCACUGGAUCCUGGUGGAGGACUCGCAGCGCCGCACGCCGCUCAUCACCCGCCUGCUGCGGGACACCGGCCUCAACUACACGCACCUCAACGUGGAGACCCCCCGCAACUACAAGCUGAGGGGGGACAUGAGGGAUCCCCGCAUCCCCCGGGGCACCAUGCAGAGGAACCUGGCCCUGAGGUGGCUGAGAGAGACCUUUAACAAGAACAACAGCCAGCCUGGCAUCGUUUACUUUGCUGACGAUGAUAACACCUACAGCCUGGAGCUCUUCGAGGAGAUGCGCAGCACCAGGAAGGUGUCGGUGUGGCCGGUGGCCUUCGUCGGGGGCCUGCGCUACGAGUCGCCCAAGGUGAACGCGGCCGGGAAGGUCUACGGCUGGAAGACCGUGUUCGACCCGCACCGCCCCUUCGCCAUCGACAUGGCAGGCUUCGCCGUCAACCUCAGGCUCAUCCUCCAGCGCUCCCAGGCCUACUUCAAGCUGCGGGGAGUCAAGGGAGGCUACCAGGAGAGCAGCCUGCUGCGGGAGCUCGUCACCCUCAACGACCUCGAGCCGAAGGCUGCCAACUGCACUAAGAUCCUAGUCUGGCACACAAGGACAGAAAAGCCUGUGCUGGUGAACGAGGGGAAGAAAGGAUUCACAGAUCCCAACGUGGAAAUCUGACUGGGCAUGGCUGAGUGGAGACCAACAGCAGAAGACUUCUCCGUGCAGAGCCCGCAGGGCUGCU